UCGGACGCCGGCAGGACCCACCACAAAUACGUCAUUUCUCGCGUUUCUCCUGUUAUGGACUAAUUUCCCUGCAAUUGCAAGCUCAGAGAAUGGAGGAAGCAGACGUAAAACAGCUGAUUUCCCUCAUAGAGUCGGCACAGUUGAAGUAUGAAGUGGAUGAAUCAGGAACGGUGUCUAUUGUCUGCGACCCUGUGCAGCUCGUUGGGUCAUCGGAAGGUAUUAACAGCACGAUAUUAGUGGAAAAUGAAGCCGCAGAUGGACUCCUUACUCAGAGUUUAAACAUCUCGCAUGAUGACGAUCAAGUUCCAGGGGCCAGUAAGCACAGCGCAGAGACCUUGCCAAUCGCAGCACCAGACGAGGCCUUGAAAUGUUUGGAAGGAGUCGACGCCGAUGACGGAAAGGAGAAGACGCAAAAGGGUGAAGGAGAAGUAGAGGGGGAAGGAGAAGGAGAUGGAGACGAGGAAGAAGAAGAGGGGGAAGCCGAGGAAGACGAGGCCGGACCCCAACUACAGCUGUCUCCGUCUGGGCAGUAUUUCAUCCAGACUCCGGAUGGCCAGAUCAUCCAGGUUUUGGGGUCCCUCGACGAUGAAAGCAUUCAAGCGGAACCAAUCCUCGGAGAGAGUCAGGCGUCGGAGGCUGACGAUGGAAGGGCCAGGAGUGAGGAUAUUGUGGCCGUGCGCGAGACAGAGGGGAACAUGCAGAUCUUUGUCAUGGGAGGAAAUAGUGGAGAAGAGGUUUACCUCAUCAAUGCGCCCGAGAGAGAGAUUGGCGAUGGUGACCAGGGUACUGCCCUACCAGUUUCUGCGAUGAUGCUAAAAGAGGUUGAGGCUGAGGCUUCAAGUGCGCAGGCUGACCUCACUACAGGGAAACUACCUACUGACCUCGAAGCCAAAGCAGGUGAAGCAGAGAACUUACUCACUGUCAGCCUUCAGGAGGAGAAUCAGAGCCUGAAGACCAGCUUCCUUGACACAUUGCCAAAAGUUCCUCUAGGGAAACAUUCCCUGGACAUACAGAUAAGCUCACCACAGAUUCAGGGCCAGGUGUCGAAGCCUCGCACUGCACUGCCCUUUGCCAAGAGCCUCUCAUUGAGUAAAGUGCAGAGUAUUGAUAAACAGACUCUAGAGGCAAAGUCGAAACCUAGAUUACCCAUCAAGAUGCAGAGCCCACUAGAGUUGCUAACAGAGGGCAUGCGGGUACAGACAGACAGAGGGGAGAUGAUGGCUUUCAAUUUGUCGUCUGUGACCCAGGCCAAGCCAGUAGGAGUCCACGGGCAGAAGUCCCUUAAAAACAUUGCCUCGCUCUUUGGCUCUGUGGUGAAAGUACUGAGACCAGUGGCAGAGGAGAAACAAGAAGAAGUUUUGGAGAUAAAGGAUAGACCGAUACUGCUGUCAUGCAAUGAAUGCAGUGCCCUUUUGCAUUCUGAGAGGUCUCUCCAAAUUCACAUGCGUCGAUAUCACCAGGAGUGGCAAGAUGAAUGUUCUUUGUGUGGGGAAAAGUUCUACAGUGCCUCAUAUGUUCGUUCACAUAUCCAAAAGGUCCACAGCCAAGAUACAUCCUUCCAGUGUCGCCUUUGUUCCUAUGAGUCCAAUGAGCUGAAGGCAAUCAUCAAACACCAGAAAGCACAUGGAAAGUGCCAGUCAUGCGAGAAGUGUGGAAAGAAAUACAAGACUCCCAAAGUUUUUCGUGCUCACAUUGCCAACUGCAAGGGGUCACUAAAGAUGGAGUCCAGGAUGGCAUCAAAAAGGAAAGGAACACAAAUGAGCACUAGCAGUGAUGAUAGUAGCCAGAGAGAUGAAGAUACUGAUGCAGGUGUCCAUGAAGUAAGUGGAGAACCCCAAGCCAAACACCAGAAAAUUGAGGUGAAUGUCCCAGAAAACAGGGAGGUCAGUUCUCCUGAAAUUUACUCUCCAAUGAAAACAGUUCAGACCAAGAGAAGAUACGGAAAGGUCUGCCAGGCAGAAGAGGGAGUGAAGAAAAAAGAUGCCGAGUUUAAGCCAACAUCAAAGCACUACCAUCAGCAAAUCAUGAAGAUGACAGUUGAGCAAAGACCAACAAGGCAUAGUGCAAGAGGCCGAGAUAGGACUCACAGAUGCUACUUGUGCUUUAAGUUGUUUUCCACAGCAAAGGAACUUGACGCACACAAGGAGAGUUACCACCAGGUUAAAUCAGCAAGGCCGGUGAGGGUAAGAACAGAUGCUUCACUGGAAGAGGAGGAUGAUGAUUUUACCAGCACUACCUCAGUUAAUACCAAAUCUUGUCACACACAUGAAGAUGUGGUCAUCAAAGAAGAACCACUUGAGUUUGCUGAAGAAUACGAAAAUGUUACAAUUAUUUUAGAUGAUGUAAUGAAAUCAACACAUGUUGUAAAACCUCUUUGCAUAGCUUGCAAGGCAGUCACAAAUACAGACUAUAGAAAAUCUUCCAAGUGGUUUAGUAAAGUGCCAGAUGAUGAUCACUCAGAGGCUUUGAAGAGGUUUGAGCAGUUCUUCCCCUGUGCAAUUGAUCCUAAGAAACUAAUGGUCCCCUGGGUUAUAUGCAAGAAAUGUGUGUUAUUGAUAGACAAAAUUGCAGACAUGGAAGAGAAAUUAAACUCAAUGAAAAGUGACCUGAUGUUGAGGUUCAGAGGAUCUGAUAAGGAUACUAGUGAUAAUCAGAGUGAUUUAGCUCAAAGUGACCUUAGUGAAAGUAUUUCUUCUUUGAAUGCUGACAACAUGGGACUUUCAGGUCAGGGUGAACUGGCAGAGGGCAUUGGAAAGAGCUUAGCUGACAUAGAAGCAUAUAUGAAAGAUACGUGCGAAAUUAUGGAAAUAACAAAGCUACGAAAGAGGCCAGGAAGGCCAAGGAGACAGCAAGCAGAAAAGUUAACACCAGUUAUUGUCAGCGGAGACGAGGAGGAGGAUGAGCCAACAAGCAUGAAUGAAGUUGUUAAGAUUGUUGCCAAAGGGCUCAAGAAAGAGGCGAAAGCAUCGUCUGUAGAAGCCACUUGCAAGAAUUGGAAUGACAGGAAAGGCAGUACCCAGGUAAGUCAGAAAGAUGCAGAGGAAAAUUGCCUCGCUAGAGUGAAGGAAGAACCUGUCCACGAUGGCUUUGAGGACAUCAUGCCUGGUGCAGAUUCUUCCUCAUGGGAUGAGAUUGGAAGUAACUCCCUGGCAUGCCUUACCAACCUGCAAGAGGAAGACUUCCUAAUAGGCAGCACCAAAGUCAGAAAAGGAGGCGACUCAACUUCACAGUUAUUUACAGAGCAGAAUUCCAGUAUAGAAUCUUCAGUGACAGAGGCGAGUCAGGAUGAUGAACACUUGGGACAGACAGCCGAGAAACCUUGUGAUAAUGAUGCCACAGAUCAAGGACCGAGCAAGUUAAAGCCAGAACAAAGACCAGAAGAUGUGAGCCUGGAAAAGAAGCCAGACAUGCCUUUAGUUUUUGAAACUGGUGAUUCUAGUGAAAGCCAGAGCAGCAAGAGCAGAGAUAAGGAAACAGAACAGAACCUCAGGAAUUUAAUGGGUGCUUUGGAGGAGGCUGCCAAUGACCUUGCUAAAAAACAGAGUGAAGAUCCCCUGACUCCUGACGUGGAAAAAAGUGCCCCCAACAUCGACAUUGGGAAGUUGCUGAAGAUCCCAAAUAAUAAAGUGUUGGGUAAGAAGCGUGCCAUGAUUCAAGAAGAAAGGAACAGAAUGAGCUAUCGUGUUGAAGGUGCCACACACAAACCUUGGGCUUGCAGCGAGUGCCAUAAGGGCUUCUCUACCCAGCGUGGGGCAUGUGACCACUAUGCUGCCUCUCACAGUGGCCAAAGUUACUCGUGUGAAUACUGCCGGGCAUCAUAUGUUCGAAAGAGAGAUCUCAUUGGCCAUUAUAACAAGGUGCAUCUGAAUACAAAACCAUACAAGUGUAAGCAUGCAGAUUGCGACGAAAAAUUCAGCUGCCACAGCGAUCUCUAUCGUCACUUCAACAGUGCACACAAUAGCCAGAAUUCACAGACCAGCUUCACCUGCCAAAACUGCUGUGCCACGUUUGCCAAGAAGAGAUAUUUAGAUUCCCACCUCCUGGCAUGUGCGAGCAAAGCCAGUGACCAGAUGCCCUAUAAGUGUACAAUGUGUGAUAAGUCAUUUAAGCUGAUGAGAUACCUGCGGAUUCACAUGCAGAAACACAAUAGCAACAUGAACGAGCAGUAUUACUGUGAAAUCUGCAGUAAAGUGCUUACUGACAAGAGGAACCUUAUCUUGCACAUGAAGAGCCACACAGGGGAAACCACCACAUCAUGUGAAGUGUGUGGGAAGACAUUCAACCGCAAGUCAUACUUAUGGACCCACAUGCGCAUACACACCAACGAACGACCUUAUGGCUGCAACUACUGCCCAAAGUGGUUUAAGCAGUACAGCACAUGGAAGAAUCACGAGAGAACUCACACCGGGGAAAAGCCAUAUAAGUGCCAGAUCUGCCAAGCCCCUUUCACCACAAGUUCGUCUGUGUUAAAACACUUGCAAUACGCUCAUCUCAACAUAAGGGAUUUCACAUGCGAGUUGUGUAAGAAGUCAUUCAUUUGCAAACCCAAACUAGAGGAACAUAUGAAAGUUCACACAGGAGAAAAACCAUAUGAAUGCCAUAUAUGCCAUCGUGCCUUCAACAAGAAGAACAAUCUUCGGACACACAUGUACAUUCACUCUAAUAACAAGAGAUAUAAGUGUGAGCUGUGUGGAGAAGGCUUCAUGAGAAGAUCAGCAAUAGAGAACCACAUUCUGGACCGACACCACGGGCUGGAGUUUAUGCUGAGCUCAAACACGACGAGGAGCAACAAGGAGGGUGGGAUGGGGACCUCUGCAACCUCGCCCUUCAUCUCAGUGGUGGGAGCCGAGGAUGGCAGUACAGACGACAGCUACAUUGUGAUCUAUGCUGACGAGGAUGAGGAACUGGAGAACUCCCAAGAGAUGGAGGUUACGGUCUCGGCAGAUGGGGGAGAGAACAGUGCUGGCCUUACAAGCAAACACUUACCACUGGGAGCUAGCUGCCAUGCUGGGAGUUCUGUUACAGUAGAACAGCAGCCUGAUGUGUUAUCCAGAGUCAUCAUGAAGGAAGAAACAUCAAGUGAUAAUGCAGAAGCAAUAAUUGCAUUCAUGUCAACAGAGGAUGAGGUGGUGGUGCCCACAAUCACAAUGCAAGAAGACAGUGCCUCGAACAUUGACCAGGUGAUGGAGAUAGAUCCUGCUCAGUUCAGUCAGGAAGUAGUAACGUGUAGUGGGACAGUGGCCGAGUACACAUAAGCAUAGGCUGCAUUUUAGGGGAAAUCCUAAAACAUUCUGAUACAAACAGAACUGUACUUUUAUUUAUGAAGACACAGAAACAAAUACCAUCUGAAAAAAAGUGCAAACUCAAAUUCCUUGUACUCUGUUUCCCAACUUAUACUGUCAUUUCAUCUAUCCUAGUCAAGGGUACAUUAUUUCUUUCUCUAAUAAUAUAUCAAUUGUGGCCUGACUUGACUGUGAUAAGUUUAACACUUAAUGUUUAGAGGAUCUCAGAAGGGAAAGCAGUGUUAUUGUUAUUUUAAGGCGUCAGUAUUUAAAACCUUUUUCCAACUUCCGUACUCAAUAUGUGAAUUGAUAUAUUUUGAUUGAUCUGUGAAAUAUGUUAAACAGUAUAGAAAUUUAAAUUAUUGUGAGAAAUUAUUCACUCAGAAGCUUAGGUGAACAUUACUCAUACUCUGUAAAAAGGAGGGAGAGAAAGAAUAUUGGUGACACUCUCCUUGACUCCACAAUGCAUUUAAUUGCCAUCUUCAUAUCAUUCUGGGAUAAAACAAUACAAGUAUUCCUCUAUUCAUGAUGGCAAUAUAAUGCAUGUAUUUUGUGUUCACUGUUCAAGAUCUGUAAAGACCCAGGGAACUUUUCAUCAAACCAGCCCGUAAAUAAAAUCUCUAUGUAGAGAUACUGAGAUUGUCCUCCUACAUGAAUUAUAUUAGCUGACCAAAUACACAAAAGAUUAUGC